AUGGUUACAGGACUGGAUUUAUGCCGAGGCUUGUUAAACUUUAUACGAAGGAGAGGACCCGCGGUCGGCUGUGUCAAUUUGAAUAGACAAUCAAACUGCGCCACGUGGCUAAGUAGCUUAGUGCCAGCACCAGUGCCUUCCCUCAGCAACACCACUACCACUAGUGCCUUUCCUCAGCACCAACACCAGGGCAUUCCCUCAGCACCAGCACCAGUGCCUACCCUCAGCACCAGCACCAGUGCCUUCCCUCAGCACCAGCACCAGUGCCUUCCCUUAGCACCAGCACCAGUGCCUUCCCUUAGCACCAGCACCACACCAACACCAGGACAUUCCCUCAGCACCAGCACCAGUGCCUUCCCUCAGCACCAGCACCAGUGCCUUCCCUCAGCACCAGCAACAGUGCCUUCCCUCAGCAACACCACUACCACUAGUGCCUUUCCUCAGCACCAACACCAGGGCAUUCCCUUAGCACCAGCACCAGUGCCUUUCCUCAGCACCAGCACCACACCAGCACCAGUGCCUUCCCUCAGCAACACCACUACCACUAGUGCCUUUCCUCAGCACCAACACCAGGGCAUUCCCUUAGCACCAGCACCAGUGCCUUUCCUCAGCACCAGCACCACACCAGCAACAGGGCAUUCCCUCGCCACCACUACCACUAGUGCCUUUCCUCAACACCAGCACCAGCGCCUUCCCUCACUACCAGAACUAGUUCCUUCUCUCAGCACCAGCACACCAGUGCCUUUCCUCAGCACUAGCACUAGUGCCAUCCCUCAUGACCAGCACCAGCACCAUUGCCUUCCCUCAGCAAACGCGCCUGUGCUUUCCCUCAGCACCAGUAUCAUUGCCUUCCCACAACACCAGCACCAGUGCCUUCCUUCAGCAUCAGCACCACCACCAGUGCCUUCCCUCAGCACCACUACCAGUAGAUUUCCUCAACACCAGCACCACCACCAGUUCCUUCUCUCAGCACCAGCACACCAAUGCUCCCUCACCACCAGCACCAGCAUUAGUGCCUUCCCUCAACACCACCACCAGUUCCUUCUCCCAGCACCAAUACCAGUGCAUAUGCGUAGGGGGUGGAUGGCAGGGGGACCAAUUGCCCCCCUACAGUUCUCAGAUACAAGUGAAAUUCGGGCGGCGCCGGACAGCGCGGACACUGGCAGUGUGGUCUAUAUGGAGUCCGUAAGACCGUAUAGCAACCGCCUUGUAGAGGAACAGGCUGAAGAAUGUGAUGCUAGAGAUCUCCUAAAUCGUGAUAGCGGAAAAGAACCUCCAGAAGGUCACACUAAGCACAACACUUUCUCCAGUUCAUUUAAAUUAAAUGAAAACAGAGUUUUGCACUCUCGAGACAUCUGGGACUACGCACUCUGGAUGGACCACGGUUCACACUUGUUCACGCUACUCAUUUCAAAGCUUCUGACUCCGACUUUGAUUUUUAGUUACAGAAUCAGCAAUCAACACAAGCACCACUACCAGUGCCUUUCGUUAGCACCAGUACCUGUACCUUCCCUCAGCACCACCACCAGAAACAGUUCCUUCACUGAGCAUCAGUAUGAACAUCAGAACCAAUACUACCACCAGAACCUUUCCUCAGCAACACCAGUGCCUUUCCUCAGCAUGAACAGAAGCAUCAGUGCCUUCUCUCAGCACCAACACCACAACACCUACACCAACAGCAAUACUGCCUUCUCACAGCAUCAGCAGCACCACCAGAGUCUUUCCUCACCACUAGCAAUAGGGCCUUAUUUCAGCACCACCAACAGUGCUUUCCCUCAGCCACAGCACCACUACCAAUGCCUUCCCUCAGCACCAGGACCAGCACCAGUGUGCAGUGCCUUCCCUCAGCAAAAGAACCACACCAGCACCAACACCAGUUUCUUUCCUCAGCACCAACACCAGUGCCUUCUCACAACACCAGAACCGGCACCAGUGCCUUCCCUCAACACAAGUACCAGUGCCAUCCCUCAGCACCAGCACCAUUGCCUUCUCUCGGCACCAGCACCAGUGCCUUCCCUCAGCACCUGCAUCACCACCAAAACUCUAUCUCAACACAAGCACUACUACCAGUGCCUUCCCUCAACAUUAGCACUAGUGCUCUCCCUUAUCAUCAGCACCAGCACCACCACCAGUGCCUUCCCUCGGCACCAGCACCACUGUCUUCCCUCAGCACCAGCACCACUGUCUUUCCUUAGCACCAGUGCCUUCCCUCAGCUCCAGUACCAGUACCAGUGCCUUCCCUUAGAAACAACAUGA